AUGGAGUCGUGUUCCGACCGCCUGAGUCCAUCAAGUGACAUGACAAGCGAAUCGGAGACAUCACUCCCGCCUUUUCCAUAUGACAACCAAAAUGGAAACUUUUAUCAAGCGGAAUUGAAUGAAAAGCAGUAUUUCUCUUGCAAACAGAAAACAAGAAAUGAAGAAAAGAACUCAAAAGAAGUAUAUUUACAAGAAAGUAACAAAAUGGCGUUUGACAGCUAUUUAUCGCCACAGAGAAACAAAAAAUAUUUGAAUUUCGAAUUGAAAUUGCCGCCAACUAACGAAAAUAUAUUUUCGCAAAUCGAAGGCGAAGAUCGAAUGCGUUCAGGUUAUUUCAAUGAGGUCCAAGAUUUGAAAAGUUGCGUUCAAAAUGAAAAUAACCCUAAUUUAUCUGACAUGAAGUUAAAUCAUCAGGUUUUCGAUAAUGCUAAUAUAAAUAAUGAAAGGGAGAGAGUUCCUCAAACAUAUUUUGCUGAGAAUGAAAACAGUAAUAUGCGUAGAUGUAUAAAUUUCAAUUCGGAACAAGUGCAGUGUGUUUGCGAAGCGUUGCAGCAGAAGGGGGAUAUUGAGAAGUUAGCAGCAUUCUUGUGGAGUUUACCUCCUAGUGAACUACUCAGAGGACAUGAAACAAUACUCAGGGCUCGAGCAUUGGUGGCGUAUCACCGUGGUGUGUACCAGGAGUUAUAUGCAAUACUAGAAGCACAUUCCUUUCCUCCACGACACCACAACGCGUUGCAGAAUCUCUGGUACAAGGCGCAUUAUAAAGAAGCUGAGAAAGUACGAGGGAGAGCUUUAGGUGCCGUAGACAAAUAUAGACUUAGGAAAAAAUAUCCACUGCCGAAAACUAUAUGGGACGGUGAAGAAACUGUGUACUGCUUCAAAGAGAAAAGCAGGAACGCGUUAAAAGACUGCUAUUAUAGAAAUAGGUACCCAACUCCGGACGAAAAGCGGGCCCUAGCACAGAAAACGGGGCUGACUCUGACGCAAGUCUCCAAUUGGUUCAAGAACCGGCGACAACGAGACCGUACUCCACAGCAACCGAAUAGGCCGGAGAUGCUAGUUCCAGCACAGUAUGCGGGCCCACAAGGGGGUUUGGCACAGGCUUUACUGCCAAAUGCCUAUUAUCAUCAGCUGCAGGACCCCACACACUACCUACAUAGUGGUGCGCCGUAA